CCCGACCCGACAGACUCUAGUGUCAAAAGUGUAAUUUACACUUUCUUUUUCCUCAACAAGGCGCAUUAGGUUUCGGACCAGGCCGCUUGAUUGAGUUAGACAUGGCGGCACCGGCAGAGAUGUUGACGGGCGAAGGAGGCGUUGCAUCAACGAAGAAAACCGUAAGGAUAUAUGUUGGUGGUUUAGGCGAAAGUGUGACGGCUGAGGAUUUGAAGAAGACAUUCUCAACACCACAACUUGGAAAAGUGGAAUCGAUGGACAUCGUUCGAACCAAAGGUCGCAGCUUUGCUUACUUGGAUUUGCUUCCUUCUUCCGACAAAUCCCUACCCAAGCUUUUCAGCACGUAUAAUGGAUGCAUGUGGAAAGGUGGGAGGCUUAGAAUAGAGAAGGCAAAGGAGCAUUUUUUUCUUCGUUUGAAACGUGAGUGGGAAGAGGAUGUUACAGUUGCCACUACUUCGACCCAUCUUCCCGUUACUGCAGCUGAAAUGACGGACUCCCUGAAAAGUCAGAAGAAAGGCUCCAAGCUGGAUGAUGCACAGAUUCGGAUUUACUUCCCAAAGCUAGGAAAGAUAAAAUCAGUGUCUCUUAGAGGAACUGGCAAGCACAAAUACAGUUUUCAGCGUGUGGAAGUUCCUUCUUUACCUAUCCAUUUUUGUGAUUGUGAAGAGCACUCUGGUACUACUUAUACAGACAAGCAAAAAUCACUUUGUAAUUAUGGCUCAAAGGAUGGUGGAAUGGAUGAGAAAGAGCUGAACAUUAUGAAUUCAGUGUUGAACAGAAUUUUUGAGAGGGAGAACUACUCCGAGAAAGCUCCUAGGGAUUUUAAACUAUCUAAGGAAGUUCGAAGCUCAAAUGGUACAGUUGAUCAUUUGCAGGAUGACAAGAAUCUAGUCAACCAAGAAAUGGGAGAUGAUGAUAACCUCAUUCUCAAUGUGGUGGCUGGUGCAAAUGAUAGAACCACUACGGUAAAAGAUCCAAUCCAGGAAGCAAUGACAGCUAGUCAGGCUAAUGAGGAUUUUGUUGACCAAGAAAUGGAUGACAAUGAUGAUAACCUUAUAAUCAAUGUAGUGGCCGGUGCAAAUGAUAGAACCUCUAUGUUGAAAGAUCCAACCCUGGAAGCAAUCGCUGCUAUUCAGGAAUCACGACAUGCUACAGAUAAACAAAAGCAAGGAAGGAAGAUGCCCUCAAACAGAAAGCGAAAAGCACCUUCAGAGGAUGAAGAUAGUGAGGCACAUUCUUUGCUGUCUAAACCUGAAGCAAAGCAGACCUUGGACACUCUUAUUUGUGAUAGAACAGAUGUGUGUCCUACAGAAGUCAAACGAGUUAGCCAACUAUCAAAUAGAAGUGCCAAAUUCCCAAAGAAGUCUCCAUGGAAAGAUCUUGUUAGUGCGAGUAGUGGUGCUACAUUCAGUGUAUUGGAUAUUUUGCCGAGUGCUAUUCCUGGUAAAGAGAUGCAGUCUGGCUCUGAUGGUGUUAGUGAGUCCUCUGACGAAAAAGAGGAAGUAACAAACGAUGAGAAAGUAACAGAUCACCAUGAAGAGCUGGAUAAAGUUGAAUCUGAAGAUGAAGUAUCAAAUGAUGAGGAAGUAUCAGAUCAGCAUGAAGAGCCAGAUAAAGUUGAAUCUGAAGAUGAGAAAGUAUCAGAUCAGCAUGAAGAGCUGGAUAAAGUUGAAUCUGAAGAUGAAGUAUCAAACGAUGAGAAAGUAUCAGAUCAGCAUGAAGAACUGGAUACAGUUGAAUAUGAAGAGAGAGUAUCAGAUCAACACGAGGAGCUGGAUAAAAUUGCCACUGACAAUAUAGAGGGCCCUGUAGAUAUUUAUGUCAGAGGUGCUGCAUGGCGACAAAAAUCUUCUUGGACAGAAUUGGUUCGUGAUGGCGCCAGAAGUUCUUUCAGCAUUUCGCAAAUUUUGCCUGGUGCAAGUCUUCCAAAACCCGAGUUGCCAGUGAUGGGAGAGACUGGAAAAGAACAAAAAUCUAACAGGACAGAUAAAAGUGAUUCCCAAGAUGUUUCUACAUCUCAUGAAGGGACCAAAGCCGAUGCCCUUGGAUCUUACUGUGGGAGUGCUGUCAUAGUAGAGAAGCAGAGUAAUGUUCAUUUCAGUAAAGAGCUUCCAGUGUUGGACAACUAUCAGCAGAAAGAAAAAAUGAAGAAUGAAGCCAGUGCGCCAACUCUCGAAAAGGAACACGCAUCUGCAUCAAAACAAGCACUUGUAGGGGAUACUAACUACAACGAAACUUGUUCUUUCAUGAGGAGUGCUGCUUCAAUGAAAGAGUGGACGAAAACAAAAGCAGCACUAAGUGGGUCACUCAAGAAGAAGAUUAAUGAGAAAAAGUAGUGGAGACUUCAGCAUAGCUUCAUGCCAGAUAUGAAGGCUUCAAGUUACAUGGACGAUGCGAUUCCCUUUUCAUCUAGGUGCAUAAUUCUUAUUUCAGAAUCAGUUAUGCCAUUCUUGAAUCUAUAGUUUUCCAUUUGAAGUUUAUACAUGGACAUCCUUUUGUUUGUAGCCUGUGUUGUAAGGUAGCAGGCUUACUUGCAAAGUUGUAAGUGAAGAUGCUUUGAAUAAAUGCAUCCCCCACCCCUCGCCCCCUUCAAUUU